AUGGGGUCCCCGCGCUGGAGCCGCCUCUGCCUCGUGCUCCUGGCCGCGCUCACCUCCUCGCUGCUCCUUUACGGCCACUACUACGCGGCGGUGGAGGCCCCCGGCGGGCAGAGGCUCCUGGCCAGCCUGCUGCGGCCGGAGCCGCUGCUCCUGGCUCCCGUGGGCGCCCCGAGCCGGCCGGCGAGCCGCGCCUGGAGGCAGGACGGUGCCCUGGAGAGAGAGAAGUCCUUGAAAUCUGCCCCCGAGCUGCUGAAGCCCAAGCGCGCCAAAGGCCAGCCCAGCGCUUGUUCCCGCUCCGUGGUGGCCCAAGUGGAGGCAGAUCCCAAGUUUGGGCAGCUCUUCCGCUUCGACGUGCCGGUGCUGAUGUGGGACGAGCACUUGAGCGAGGGGACCUGGGAGCGGCUGAGAGCGCGACAUGUCCCCUACGGCUGGCAAGGCUUGUCCCCUGCAGCGGUGGGCGGCGCGCUGCGGCUCCUCAACACCUCCUCCAACAGGCACCUCUUCGACAGAGCCGCCUUCGCCGGGGGCUGCGUGCGCUGCGCCGUGGUGGGCAACGGGGGCAUCCUCAACGGCUCGCGCCAGGGCCGCGGCAUCGACGCCCACGACCUGGUGUUCAGGCUCAAUGGAGCUGUAAUCAAAGGCUUUGAGGAAGAUGUUGGCACCAAGACCUCCUUCUACGGCUUCACAGUGAACACCAUGAAGAAUUCCCUCAUUGCCUAUGAGGAGUAUGGCUUCACCAAGGUUCCYCAGGCCAAGGACCUGAGAUACAUCUUUAUCCCCUCGGACAUGCGAGACUACGUCAUGCUGAAGUCAGCCAUCGAGGGCAGCCCGGUCCCCGAGGGCUUGGACAAGGGUGACGAGCCACAGAAGUAUUUUGGACCGGAGGCAUCUGCAAAGAAGUUCAAGCUGCUGCAUCCAGAUUUCCUGCAUUAUGUAACAACAAGGUUCCUGAGGUCGGAAAUCAUGGACACUCAGUACAGCCACCUCUACAUGCCCAGUACAGGGGCACUCAUGCUCCUGACCGCGCUGCACACCUGUGACCAGGUCGAUGCCUAUGGGUUUAUUACUGACAACUAUGAGGAGUUCUCAGACCACUACUACGAGCCGGAGAAGAAACCUCUGAUGUUUUACGCCAACCACGACAUGAUGCUGGAGGCAGAGCUGUGGAAGAGCUUGCAUCAAGCAGGGAUCAUGAAGCUUUACCAGCGGUGAGGCAGGGCAGCAGCCCGCAGGACUCUGCUUGUGUCAUGACGCGGUGGUUCUCUUUCCUGAAGGCCCCCUUCUCUUUCCUAAGGCCCUCCAGGACUCUAGGCUAGCUGCUGAGGAGCAGGUCUUCUGCACUUAAGCUGCUGGCAGCCGCUGGUGGYCGCGAGGGCCAACAGGGUUAGGAAAAUGCUGCAAUAUUUCCUCAGAGCUCUGCAGGAACUUGUGGCUUAGCGCAGUUGAAACGUGGCCUGGGUGGCACCAAGAAGCACCACUGAGCGUGGCCGUGACCUUCCAGGGCUGUGAGCACCUCUGUGAGGCGGCAGCAGCACCCGGAAUGAACCGAGCUCUGCUGCCACGAGGGGCAGGAUGACGGGGAAGAGGACAAUGGAGAAGCAGGAGUGUCACAGUCCCUUUUUUUAAUUACUUCACCUUUCCUGGAGAUUUACCUGUUUUCUACUAGUGUGAAGCCUCUGGCUGGAGAACCCCCAGCUAUCCUACUCCAGGAUCCAUCAGUCCAAAUGCUCACCAGAGCACAACCACAAUGGGCAUGGACCUUAUUCUGCCCACCUAACCAGGAUGUGGUCUGUUGGGAGGACGCUUCUCGCUUGGACUGCCUGAAGCUGCCACAAACCUCUGGAUUGUUGUGCGUCUUUCCAGAAGGAUCUUUCUGCCUCCAUCACCACAAGACAGCAGAGGAUUUGCUGCCCUUUCCUGUGACAGUUUUAAGAAUGUMGUUUUUCACUCUUUUCCCUUUUUAUAUUGUGGGGAGGGUCAAGGCAAUGUCUUUAAAUGUCUUUAAACAACAGAAAAUAUCCACGAGGUAAGACUAGGAUUACUGCAACUGGAGCUUCAGAAAAGAGGAUGGGCCUUCAGUUUUUGCCCUGGCAUCGUGCAAGGCCCUCCACAUGCUUUAAGAAGGCAGCUCUCCCGUCAGCAGAUGUGUUAGGGAAGCAGCAGC